AUGUCAAGGGCUCCGAUCCUUAUCAAAGAUCUGGUCAAGGGAAACCAGAUAUGGAAAAUGGCUAUUAGGGUUGUUGAUUUGUGGAUUGUUACUGAAAAAAUGGGUGAUAAGAUUCAUGUCACCACCAGGAACAAAGACUUCAACGAUUGGGUUCAACAGGUCAAGGAGCAUGACACUUUUUUUCUGUAUAAUGGAGAACCUGUUGACAAUGACGCCCCUUUGAAAGUUUGCUCUAACCCACUCAAGCUCGUCUUCAACGGAGGAACUACGAUGACGAAUUUCUCCAUACCCGGAAUACCAUCUCACAAAUUCUAUGUCAUUGGAGUGUUGCAAGAUGUUGUUAAGACCCAACAUGGAGGUGGUGGUAGAAAAUCUUGCGUCAACGUCACUUUACGUGAUGUCGAAAGAAAUAUCAUUGAGCUGGUCUUAUGGGAUGAUUACGGCAAGCAAUUCAUGAACUACACUACCCCGGACAACAUUUCUGGGCCUACUAUUGUCAUACUGACACAUGCCUGGUGCAAGCCAAAUACAGUUUCAGGUUUCCCAUGUCUAUCCAAUGCAUGGAACGGCUCAAGGCUUUACAUAAACUUGGAGCAUCCACAUGUGGAUGAAUUCAAAGCUAAUUUUAGAGCAACUGCUUUGUCCAAUAUACCUGCCCUUUCCCAAUCACUAACCUGUGAUUCAACCAUUCAACCUGCUAACAACUUCUGGACUAGCUUGGGUGAGGUCAAGAGUAUCAAAGCAAUCUCUGAUUUGGGAAAGGAUUGUUAUGCAACUACGAUUGGGACUACCGUCAGUUUAAGAGCCUCCAAAAACGGUUGGUAUUUUGAGUCAUGCACUGGAUCCUCUGGGAAUGCAAAUCCGGAACCUGUUACCAAAUUCAAAGUUGAAGUGGAGGUAGUAUAUGAUGGACACAAGGGAAUCUUUGUUUUUUGGGAUAAGGACUGUAUUCCUUAUACUAAACUGAAUGCUAAGGAAAUAAGAGAAGUUAUGAAGACGGUGAGUUUGACAGUGCCGAAUAACUUCCAUUCUUACGUCCAGUUUAUUUGUUUAGCUAUUAUUAACUAUAUUAGUUGUUGUUAUCAAUGGGCUGGAGAGGACAACCCAAAGAUUUGGCCUGCUCAACUCGAUGUCUUGCUGAAUAGAGAACUCGCCUUUCGUAUCAAGUAUCAAUCACAAUACCGACAAUUCUCAGUCGUGAAAAUACUUAAUGAGGAAGACCUUUACAACAAGUUUCACAACUACCUCACCACAAAUCAGAAUCCAAUCAAUCCUCCUGUUCUAGCAAAUUCCACCAACGCUCAUAAUACAAACCAAGCCUCACAAACAUGUGAACAAUCUCUUUGCGCUAGAGCUGACUCAGCUACUAACCAUACUUCGAGUCCAGAAGCAAGCUCCAACGCCACUCUUGCCAAGAGGAUUGCUAUGUCAACAUCGGUUAAUGAUAUCAUACUGACUGAAGAACUCACUCCUAAGCAAUCGGCCACAAAACCCAAGCCUGGAAAGAAGACUAAGCAUUUGAAGAAGGAGUAA